AAAUUCAAAAUUAUUAUUAUUAAUUUUAAUUUUAAUUUUAUAUAUAAAUUUCAAAAGGGGUUAAUUUAUCCUUUCAAACUUUGGAAUCUGCAACUGCCCUCUGACCCAUCUUUCUAUUUCUCCCUGCAAUUAUUUUUUUUCUUCCUAUCUCAAACAGAAGAAAUGGAAUUUCUGGAAGCUAAAGCUUUGAAAUCAAGUUUCCAUUGGGAAUUAGCUAUGAAAUCUGCUCAACAAGAUGCUUUGGUGGAGGAAGUUUGGUGUUUGAACGGAGCUAAUCUCGUCGCCGGCGAGGAUUUUGUUGAAGUCGACGAGUUUUUGAACUUCUCUAAUGGCGAUUUAGAACAUGGGUCCGCUUUGAGAGUUCAAGAAGAUGAUGAGUAUGAAGAGUUUGAGAAGAAUCGGUACUCUGUUUCGUUGAAUUCGAACCAGUCCGGUGGGUUUCCGGUCGUCGGAGAGGAGGAUUCCAAGUCGUCGCUUCUUGCCGUUGAACUUGCUAUUCCGGGCGAUUCUCUGGCGGACCUUGAAUGGGUUUCUCAAUUCGUCGACGAUUCUUGCUCUGAAUUUUCCUGUGCCGCCGUGGCUUUCAACCGCUCCGAACCGGAAAAGAAACUCGCCGGAACUGUAAUUUCGUGUUUGCCGACGUUUUUUCCGGUCAGACCGAGGACGAAAAGGUCAAGACAGUCUCGUCAAGCGAAAUCCACAGGUUCUUCUCUCAACCAAUCGCCAUCGUCGUCGUCCUCGUCGACCUCCUCCGGCGUUUCCUCCGCCGCACCUUGGUUUAUCUUCUCCGACGCCGGUGAGAACGUGGACUCUUUGAACGUCUCCAGCGAGCCUCCGAAGAAGCAGAGGAAAAAGUCAUCGUCGCCGUCGCCAGCGGCUCUUCAACCAACCGGUCAGAUUCCGCGGCGGUGCAGCCAUUGUCUGGUUCAGAAGACCCCACAGUGGCGGACGGGUCCAAACGGAGCCAAAACACUCUGCAACGCUUGUGGGGUCCGGUAUAAAUCCGGUCGGCUCUUCCCCGAGUAUAGACCGGCGUUAAGUCCCACUUUUUGCAGCGGCGUUCACUCGAACAGUCAUCGGAAAGUACUUGAAAUGAGGAAGACGAAGGAGGUUCCAGAACCGGCGACCGAGCUGUCCCAAAUGGUCCCAAGUUACUAAAGCAAUCGAACCGGGUUCAGAUGGACCGGGAAAUGGCGAAAUGACCAAAAAGGGCAGAUUUUUGUUGUGACGCUAAAAGGGAAUCCAUUUGUACUUGUAGGGUUAGGCGAGGAAUUAGACUUAGAGCAUUAAUUUUAGUGUAGUAUUUUUUGUGAAAUUAAUUUGAUUAAUUUAGAUUUAUGUUAAUUUAGGUUAGAUUAAAUAUGUUUAGGUAGGAAAAGAUGAAGAUUUUUGUAUUUUUGUAUUACUUUAGCUAGUUUACGAAUAUAAAAUACUAUUUUUGUUCUCCAAGGAGUUAGUCGUGUUUACUUGUUCUAUUUCUUAUAAAAUUUAGGUUGGAAUCUU